CAAAUACGGGAAUCUGUCAGCUGACAUGCAGCAUGUCUUCCCGAUGAUGAAUAGUGACUUAGAGGCUUAUUAUGAGUGGAAAGUGGAAACCAAACCCCAAUGCGUCUCCGUUUGUUCCUCGUGCUCCGUUUGAAUCUCGCCAGCUUGCAGCUAGUGUCGUCGACUCAAGUUCAUGGAAACGGUCGCGGAGGACAACAUACCAAAAGCCCUGGCGUACCAGAGUUUGUCAAACAUUUCUGUUGGCAAUUCUGCUGUUGACUUUGGUUGUCAAUGUUGUAUUUUUGCUGGACGCCAGCGCUCAGUUCCGCAGCACGGAAGGGAAGUUGCAAAAUGAAGCCGUUAGGACAGCAUCUAAUGAAGAAGGGCUGUCUUCAGAGCGUAGGCGUCAAGUAAUGGGGAAACAGGCUGCAAAGGAACGUUUUGUGAGACGUGAAAUGCGGAUAACUCUUUCCUCUGGGAAAGACCUGGCUUCCAUAGCAGUGGACGGCACCAAUGUCAUUGAAGCAACGGAUGGAGAUAAAGAUAGAGGAAUGCAUGUUGCUGUACUUCACCAGGCAACUGGAAGCGUUAUGGCUGUGCGCCACUUUGAUACAUACGUUGAUAAGGGAGAUGAUGCCAUGAUUUUAUUCAUCAACAUGGUGUCUGAUGGAAGGAUACUUUGUAUGAUUGUCAAAGAUGAAGGUUCCUUCUCGUUAAAGAAGCCUGCAAGACAGCUGCUGACUAACCUUGGUAGUCAGUAUGGAAAUGCUCUUGGUUGGAGAGAUAUGUGGGCAUUUGUUACACAAAAGCGAGGAUCGGUGUAUGGGGAAAAGAUUAGUAAGAAUCCCACUGUUACUGAAUGGGGUGAAUCUGUUACGCUGGAAGCUAUCGUUCCAACACAGUCUGUGAGUGAAUCAGAAUGUAAUUGGCCUGAAAGUGAAGAGAAUGAUAGACGAAAAGUGUUCUGUAAUAAGUUUGAGGGUUAUGGGAGUCUGUGUGAUUGUCAUAAUCCGUCCCCAAUUGUUAUAGAUCCUCGCCCAUUAAUGAACAAUAGAGUUGCUAAUGUUCCUGUUGCAGUCAUUGCCAGUAAUCGUCCAUUUUAUUUAUACAGGAUGCUGAGGUCUUUGUUUGCUGCUUAUGGAGCACCUGACAAGUCAAUGGUAACUGUCUUUAUAGAUGGAUUUAAUGAAGAACCUGCAGCCAUUGCUCAAAUAUUUGGAGUCCAGGGAAUACAACAUGCACCUCAGAGUCAGAAAAAUGGACGUAUAUCUCAACACUACAAAGCUAGCCUCACGAGUUCAUUCAGUCUCUAUCCAACAGCCGAAUACCUUAUUAUAAUAGAAGAAGACUUGGAUGUGAGUCUUGACUUCUUUAGUUAUUUUAGUCAGACAUUGAAAUUACUUGAGGAGGAUGAGUCAGUGUACUGUGUGUCAGCUUGGAAUGAUCAGGGAUAUGACCAUUCAUGUAAAGAUUCAUCGCUUCUAUAUAGAGUGGAAACAAUGCCAGGACUUGGCUGGAUUCUUAAAAGAAAGAUGUUUGAAGAUGAACUGGAACCACAGUGGCCUACACCUGAUAAAUUAUGGGACUGGGACAUGUGGAUGCGAUUACCUCAAGUACGGAAAGGUCGCGAAUGUAUCGUUCCAGAUGUAUCUCGAACUUAUCAUUUUGGUUCAACAGGUCUUAACAUGAACACGUACUUUCAAGAUGCAUACUUCAAGAAACAUUCUCUGAACACUCAGCCCGAUGUCCAGCUACGUGAUGUCGACUCAUUGAAGAAGGAAAAGUACGAAGGUGUAAUCCAGAAUCUUUUGUCCAGUGCUGAGGUACUAGACCAUUCGAAGUUGCCAUGUAAUGAGGACUUUGUUCCUGACACAACAGACAAGACAUAUGUCUUUUAUAUUCUGAUGAAUGAGGCAACAGACUAUCACAUGUGGAUGCAAGUAGCCAAGUGUUUCCAGUUGUGGGACUUGGAUGCUCGUGGCUUUCAUCGUGGACUUUGGAGAUUCUUUAUGAAAAGUAAUCACAUACUUGUUGUUGGUGCGCCAUAUUCUCCAUACUCUGUUAUGAAACCUAGUUCGGUUAAGCCCAUUUAUAUGGAGAAAAAGAAAGAUAUUGAAUAAUUUAACUGUCAAGUAACCAAUAGUAAAGUUAACCAAUACAAAAUGUAAGACUUACUGUCGGUCUACGUGUAGCAGUACUAGGCAGAGUGUUUUAACUUUAAUUAUCUAUCAAUGUGCAUUCUACUGAUGUAGACUGAUUUGAUGAAUGAUGGACCAUUGCAAUUGUGAAGGAAGAUUUGUAUGUGUGACAUGACACUGAGACAAAGGUCACAGUGACCAUGUUGUUGUGAGGAAGAUGAGAAUCAGUAUUGGUACACUGCAGAAGGCUGAACUAAUGUGUGAGAGAGUGAACGAUAGGAGUGCUAGUCAUCUCGUUCUACAACAUGAGACCACGAGUGGUGUUUCUCUUUGCAACUUAUGACACAAUUUCAGAGACGUACCAGUAUUGGCUACCAGUAGAUCUUAGAUGUUCAGUAGCUGCAGCCAGCUGGAGCCAUGUUCAUGGAACUGUGAAAUAGAAGAUUGAAGUGGAAUGUAUUGGGAACAUUCUAUGGUCAGAGGACCAAUUUCUGUGAUCACCUAAUCUAAUGGCAGUAAUUCUCAGGCCUCUAGGAUGAUUUGGUGGCCUUGCCAAAUUUAGCGCACACUUUUUGAAAGAUAAGACUCUUAUUUUUUGUCUUGACUGCCUACAACAGCAGAUUCCAAAUUCUUAAAUUUCAGAGCUAGGUUGCUGAAAUGGGUCUAGAUGGGGUGGUCUGCUACGUAAGAUGACAUUUUGGUGUCCCGCAAAUCAGCAGAAGAGAGUAAAGCCUCACACGAUCUCCAAUGUUGAGACCAAUGCUCAAUAGAUAAUCAACAACUUUGACAUUAUCAGUAAAUCCACAACUUCAAAGUAACCUGGUCUAAUCUUUUAUAAAUUAAAAAUAAUUAAUUAAUUGAUACGUCUUAGGUACAGUUCGAUUAGUAGGACAAUCAUAACUGACUACUUCAAAGUUUUCCAAUUCUUCGUUUGUGUGCGAAGGUGUUGAGGACGUCAUCAAUCAAGCGUCUUGUUAUAGACGUAAUAAUAAAUAAUAUAAUAUAAAUUAAUUAUACAGUUGUAUAUUUCAAUGAGAAGAAUUCUAUCGACGGGUGUCAUGGCGACGGCAGAGAAACUGAAAAGGAGACCAAAGAGUGCAAUUUCUGUUGUAGAGAUGGAACUGCAAGCGGAGAGAUUGUCUAAACCAAAGCGUCGUCCGUCGUCUCCUACUCUCUACCAUCCCGUAAAUCGUGUUAUCGGUGGAAAAAA